CAUUCCCAGGACGCAUGAGACGUGACAGGACGGUGGGCGCGGCCGCCGCGCCCGCGCUCAUGGUUCUGCUGCUGGCCGCUCUGGGAGCGGCGCCGGCGUCGGGGCAGGUGGCGACGUCGUGCGCGGCGUCGCUGGUGACAACGUUCACGCCGUGCCUCAACUUCGUGACGGGGAGCACCAACGGCGGCGGGUCGCCGACGCAGCAGUGCUGCGGCUCGCUGGCGGAGAUGGUCCGCACGAGCGCCGAUUGCGCCUGCCUCGUCCUCACCGGGAACGUGCCCUUCAGCCUCCCCAUCAACCGCACGCUCGCCAUCUCCCUCCCCAAGUUCUGCAACUCCAUGUCCGUCCCGCUGCAGUGCAGAGAUACAGCAACGCAAAUCCCAGCUCCAGGACCUGUUGCAUUUGCUCCGGCACUGCCCCCGCUGCCGCCGAUUCCACCGGAAUCCUCAGUGCAGCCAGAUUCUCCGGUGGACCCCACGGCGAUGUCUCCGGCGGUGGAAUCGCCUCCGAUCACCCAGAGGCCAGUGGUGGUGCCCAGCUCGGCGUGGAGGAGUUCUCAUUUGUCCAUGGUGGCUGUCGCCAUGGUGCUGUCAAUAGCUGCAUCCAUUUUCAUUUGAUUAGGAUGUGGCUUAUAUUGUAGGAUGCAUUUGGUGUGUUAUGAACUUGUUUGCUACACUGCGAUUACUUUUCAGUUCAGGGCUUUGAGCUCAUAUUUUUUGUAUAUUAAUAGUGAUACACACUUAUAACGGAAUAUUUUUUUGGUGUAGAAUGUGUGUGACAAUGAACUGUUUAUUGUGACUGAUGGACUGU